UGUCAAGAACGGGUAUUUUUUGCGAAAUCGUGACUCAAUUUCGUAAAUUCAAUUUUCCCCNUUUCCCCCUUCCUACCUAUGUGUUUACAGCUGUACCUAAAAGAACCUAAGAAAUAUUAAGACAUAACAUACCUUCACAUUCUUCAUUAAAUUUUAAGUAUUUCCAUCAUCCUCAAUAUGGCAAGUGUUGGCAGUAGAAUAUUUGAGCUGUUCCGUUCUUUAAAAUCUGAUGCUGUUCCUAAACCACCUCGACCUGCUGAAGAUACGGAAUCAAGGGGCGCUAAACCUAAUAUUACCACCGAAGACAGUAAAGAACCCGUUGAAAACGAAGAUGAACAUGAAGAGAUAAUUUUUGAAGAAGAUGACUUUAUCAAAACGGAGAAAAAAACUAAAUUUAGAUCCCCUUUUAAAUCAAAGAAGGGUAAAGAUGACCAUAAGGAUCCAAAGCCAGAAGAUCAUGACAAACGAGGCAGUUUUAGUUCUGUAAACACUCAAGCUACUGGUACGGUUUUCAAUGUUGUCAAUGCAACUGGUGUCCAGUUUGGCAGCAACUAUACAUAUUAUAUGUCUGCAACUAAUGGAAAUACUGAAAAGUCUGAAAAGAAGGGGUAUACAGGAGACAACAUUGAAAAAGAUAAUUUAAUUAUUCUUCUUAUGGAAUCAAAAAUUGAGCCGACACAUAAGUAUAUUGACUUUAUUUCAAAGAAUUUAGGUACAAACUGGAAAUCUUUCUUUGGUAGUUUAGGUUAUUUGAUUGGGCGUAUUGACACUCUUCAAAUGGAGAAAGGAAUUACAGAGGCUCGCUACAAAUUGUUAAAAGACUGGGUGGAUAACGAUGACGACGGCUCUCUCGGCCGCCUUGCUUCUCUUCUCUGGGACGAGGGAGAGAGGCAAAUCGUCAGAGAGCUCUCUAUCAUUUACAAGGAAAACAAAAAAUAACUCUUACUUGUGAGUUGUAAAUUUAUAGUCUAGUUUAUAGAAUAGUACGAGAUUUUAUUCUAAGUAUUAAAAAAAGUAGAAAAACAUUUAAAUAGAAGGAAAGGCUCUAUUUUUAUAAAGAGCUUAUUUGCACAAGCAUUUUAAAAGAUUUACGUGAUUUUAGUGUUUAAUGUUUAUUUAGGUGCUAAGUGUUAAGAAAAAUUGUAUUUUGCUGCAAAGCAGUUAUUGUUACUGACCAAUUGAGAUUUUAAGAAAUUUUUACUGAGAGAAAAUUUUUGCUCAAUAACUA